AUGUCAGACUCCCAGGAACAGAGUCUGGAUGAAAAUGUAGUUUUCCUGCCAGUGGAUGAGUCCUCCCCAGAGUUCCUUCACAGUGAGAGGGAGCGUGAAGCCGUGGAGAGACUCCUGAGUGCAGGACCGGAGGCCUUCUACAGCUCCAUCGGCACUGAGCGCUCCGGAUGCUUCUUAUCUUCUGAAGAGGUCAGCCAGAUAACCAGCUGGGCUCAGAACUAUGAUUUCAACCACUUACAACAGGAAAAUGCAGUGGAAAGCAGCGCAGACAAGGAAGACUUCAGUUCCACCUACUUCCCUUGCCACUCAGACAUGCCGACACCAAACCUGGAGCUGGGCUGGCCUGAGAAGAACAACUGGGUGCCACAAGGAAGCGUCAUGGUCCACACCAGUCCUCCUGCUGAAGGACAACCUCCAGUCCGAGAGGUCAUCAGACGGCACUUACAAAAGGCCAGCCAAGUAAUUGCCAUUGUGACAGACAGGUUGACGGACGGUGCAAUAAUUGGGGAUUUACAUAAUGCAGCCUCCCGAGGUGUCCCUGUCUACAUCAUCCUGAACCAAAGGUCCAUUCAGGAGAAUUUCACACUCAACAGGCUUAGGCAUCCGAACAUGCGGGUCCGAGUUCUUGGAGGAACAAGCUUUUGUUCAAGAACAGGAAGGAUGGUGGUCGGGGAAAUGAAAAGCAAGUUCCUUCUGGUGGAUUUAGAGAGAGUGAUUCAUGGCAGCUACAGCCUCACGUGGACGGACGCCCACCUGCACCGGCAGCUCAUCACUGUUCUGAGUGGACCAGUUGUUGACGUCUUUGACAGGGAGUUCAGGAUCCUUUUUGCUGCUUCGCUCCCAGUCCCCAACACAUGGAGGGUCACGGGCACCAAUGCACACAUGAAUCAUCAGCUCAAAGACUUCCCACCUCUUCGGUUCCGAAAGCAGGUCUCUCUGGAGCCUGAGAUUUUCAGCCCUCCGUCGCCUCCUGCUGAUUUCCUCAUGGACUGGGAAGCAAUGGGUGUUGUUCAGAGAGACGGCAGCCUUCUGGGCAGUUCUUUUGGCCAACAGGAGGAAAUUGUGGACAAGGAAAUGCCACCACAGAACAACAUGCUCUUUGAUAAAAGCACACCUAAUACAGACAGACUCGCUAACAAUGUGAACCAAUUUGUGGAUAAGAGAAGGAUGGAGCAUAAAAUAGAGAAAGCUAUUUACAGGCAACUCCCCAUGGAGAAGAAAACUAAUUUACAUGACAGAAAUGCAACGAGACUCAACAAUGAAGCAAAAGAACCCACACAGAUACUCCCACCUGCUAAGAAAGGAGAGCGCUGGAGGAGGAGGGACUCUAUUUUGGAAGAGGAGAGCAUAACAGAGGAACCUGUUUCCAAAGUGGAAAACAAACCAUCUUCUAGAAAACCUAUAAUCUUGAGGAUGCCACAGUCUGAAAGCUUCAGCUCUCUAAGCGACAUCAUGAAGAGGAUUAAACAGGGAACUCCAGGAGGAUCAAAUUCUACUUUGUCUGAGCGAACCCAGUCCAUGAUGGAUCUGAGCAUUCACGACACGGACAAAAAUCAAGACGAGAGAGGAGUCCCAGUGCCGAGGUUUAAGGCCAGUUAUGAACCGGAUUACAUGACACCUGCUUUGGCCCUGAUGAGGAAGAGGAACGAUGAACUAAAAUCUACAUUGUACAGAACUCCAAAGUCCUUCCUGCCCAAAGAGAGGCCUCGCAGCGCCAGCUAUACUCUCCACAUGGACUGGAGGAAGCCACUGGCAGAGAAGGAGGGAGAGCAGGAAUGAGGAGCGAUGAAGGAGAGUACAUGAACAAUAUGUUGUGAUCUUAUGUCACAGAGGAAAGGCAGCUGCAAGUAGCGGAUACUUUGGAUAUCUGCAGUGUUAACAGACAAUGAAUGUGGAAAUAAAACUACUGUCAUGUAGAUUGUAUAUAAAUUGAAUCUGUUGAAUUGCUGCCUCUCUAAAUCUGAUUAAGAUGAAAUGUUCUGCAUGUACAGUAUGUUUAAAAUAAAUGAAGUACUUCUGUUAAUGCUGCUCACCAUCAGCAAUGACAACUGUUGUAUUUGCUGGACUGCUACUGCAAAAUUAGUAGUUGCAAAUUUAGAAAAAAAAAGAGAGAUUGUGGAUGGACAGUUUGCUUGAGAUUUGUAAAAGUAAUAGUGCUUAGGGUCCAAAAAUAGUCGAGGUGCAACAGUAUUUGUAGAUAGAUAGAUAUACACUGUCGGUCGCAACGCCACCUGGUGGACAUGCGUGGAUUCGCCGACCAGCAAGGAUGCGAGGACCUGUCCAUCACUGCUUGCAGCUUUAAUUUUAUUAAACAUUUCUCAAAUCUGUGGAGAGUUUCUGGAAAUUUUGGAAAAAAAUAUUAAGAAGAUAGUCAUAAAUUGAAAAGACUUGCCAGGAGAUGUGGGACAAGAUCUGCCUGAAUUAGAAGGUAAAAGACACGAAGAAGUUUUUCUUCACAUUAAAGUCCUUUUCUGUUCACUAAUUUAACCCCUCAAAACUCAUCUCUGACGAUCAAAGUUAAAAAAUAAUCUCUUCCUGCCUUGAAGUUUAUUAUAUACGACUUAAUAGCGUUCCUUUCUCUAGAAUGUGCAGAUCUGUGUCCUUGCAUCCUCUUCUUUCUUACGAUCUUAUGCAGCUUUACACAGAACAGCAGGAAUAUCGAUUUAUGACAAAAGGUUUAUGAGGAACAUUUGAAACUUGUGCUCAUAGGAUAUAAAAAGUUUAGUGCAGAUAGAGACAGCAGGCAUUUUUGUGAUUUUUUUCUGAAAGUGUAACAAAAUAUUUUACAAUUACAGCCUUUAAAGGUCACACUUCGUUGGUCAAGAAAAAUGCGCAGAAAUACAUCAAAGCUGCCACAUAUUCCUGGUAAAUUGGAGAAAUUUCUUGGAAUCUACAGUGUUCUAAAAUAAAUUAAAAAGAGCAACAAUAAAAAAAA